UUAGGUUCCGGCAAACUCUUCCUCUGCCACUUAUUGCCAAAACAAUCCGGCAUGUAGCUAGCUAACUAGCUUAAGGUUACAACAAAAAUAAAUUGUUUAGUAAAAUCUGUUUCUCGAUAACCCAAACCCAUGUUGGAAAUAACCCGUACAGCCAGUGAAUAGUUGGACUAUUAGUAGUAUUAUUUUUUAACUAGGCGAACGAUAAGAAAUAACUUGGUCUAACGUUAGCAGAACAUGCUAACUAUAUAGCUACGAUUAGCUUUUGCUAGCUGUGAUGGCAGCACCAGCACCUCUCAAUUCUGCUCCUGUUUUGAGUCAAAAGCAACGCAGGGCUGCUCUGAGGAAAGAGAGAAGAAAAAGGAAACGCCAAGCUCUCGCCCAAGUCAGAGAAUGUGGUUUAAAUGAUGGACCAAGCUAUGUACUUGAAGAAGAAGAAAUACGUAAUGAUGAAGAUGAUUUUGCAGAGGAGGAAAGACUGCGGCUGCAUGAGGAGUGGUUGGCAAAAGAGAGGCUCGCCCAGGAAGACUUCCGGCUUCGUGCCGAGAGGGAGGAGACUGCAAGGAAAAGAAAAGAAGAGGAGGAGCGAUUGAUAAAGGAGGAAUGGGAGACCCAGCAGAUGAAGGAACAGGAAGAAAAAGAACAGAAGCAGCAGGAAAAGCGAGACAGAGAGGAGGCCGUUCAGAAAAUGUUGGAUGAAGCUGAAAAUCAGCUGGAGAACGGACAGCCGUGGAUGAAUCCAGAGGCUCCUGCGGCGAAGAACUGCGAGAACUUUGGAACAGAGCGCGACGUGGCCAACUGUCCGUUCUUCCUGAAGACUGGGGCAUGUCGAUUCGGAGACAGAUGUUCCCGAAAGCACGUUUAUCCCACAUCCAGCCCGACUCUGAUGAUCCGUGGUAUGUUCACAACGUACGGCAUGGAGCAGUCACGGCGCGACGAUUAUGACGUCGAUGCCUGUUUGGAACACAGCGAGGAGGACCUGCAAGAGUAUUUCCUCGAGUUCUACCAUGACGUCCUCCCAGAGUUAAAGAGUGUCGGCAAGGUUGUGCAAUUCAAGGUUAGCUGCAAUUAUGAGCCCCACCUGAGAGGAAAUGUUUACAUUCAAUUUGACACAGAGGAGCAGUGUAAAGAGGCCAUCAUCAAGUUCAACGGGAGGUGGUACGCAGGCCGCCAGCUCCAUUGUGAGAUGUGUCCCGUUACGCGCUGGAAGAAUGCUAUAUGUGGGCUGUUUGACAGACAGAAGUGUCCCAAAGGGAAGCACUGCAACUUCCUGCACGUGUUCCGCAACCCAGGCAACGACUUCUGGGAGGCCGACAGGGACCUGCACAUGUCGCCGGACCGCAGCGUCAGGGGGAGUCGCAGGGACGGCUGGACAUCGGAGCGUUACGGGGAGCGAUCGUGGAGGCAGCGUCAGAGCAGCAGGAGCCCGCCUCACUCGGAGAGGUCCCAGAGCAGACGAGACGGUGACAGGCGGAGGAGCGCGAGCAGAGAGAGGAGGGCCUCCCAGCGGUCAUUCAGACACAGUGACAGGACGAAAGACUGGCGUCCGAGCAGUGUCAGAGACAGGCAGAGGAGCAGAAGUAGAGACAGGCAGCAGGACAGGCAGAGGAGCAGAAGUAGAGACAGGCAGAGGAGCAGAAGUAGAGACAGGCAGCAGGACAGGCAGAGGAGCAGAAGUAGAGACAGGCAGCAGGACAGGCAGAGGAGCAGAAGUAGAGACAGGCAGAGGAGCAGAAGUAGAGACAGGCAGCAGGACAGGCAGAGGAGCAGAAGUAGAGACAGGCAGCAGGACAGGCAGAGGAGCAGAAGUAGAGACAGGCAGAGGAGCAGAAGUAGAGACAAUGAAAGGGAGGACAGGAAUAGAAGCGAAGGGAGAGACGGCAGAGACAAAGAUACCGGCGCCAGGGAAGGGUUGAGAAGCACAAGCAGAGAAAGGAAGAAAGGAAGUAGAGAAAAGAAACCAGAGAGAAGGGAGAAACCUGUCAACGACGAUACCAGCAAGCGGCGGCGCCACAAACAAUCCAAGAAAAGCAAGAAGAGCAAGAAGAAGCACAAGAAGAAAAGCUGUUCGCCUGAAGGGGCGGCCUCGUCCGGGGAGUCCGAAAAGGAGGAAGCGCCGUCGGCACAUCUCACUGCAACAAGUCCCAGUCAGCAGAUGGAUGAGAAAGGGCAGAACUAUGAAAACAAUGACUUGCAGAGUGUGUGUGUCGGCAGUGAGAUUUCUGCUGAGGGGGAGAGUGAGCUGUCAAUAGACAAGCUGUAAAUAGACAAACGUAGUGAGCCGGCUGGAAAAGGUGUCUCCAGUUGGUCUUUGAGGUUACUACAUUUCAAAAUCUGUUCUUUUCUCCUUUGGUCUGUGUGAACGUGAAGAAGUUUUAAUGCACUGAGGUAAUGCCUGUCAGUGUGUACAUAUGUGAAUAUUUAUUUUUUGAAAUACUUGCUCACUGGUGGCUGAGUAACAGCUAUAUAAAAACAAAAAACAGUGGGUUUCUCUUUUUUUGUAUACAUUUAUUGUUAAUAAACUUCAAAUAAAAGAGAAUGUUGUCAAAUGUG